UCAGAAGUGACCUGACGCCAGGAAGGAAGCUUAUUAACCCCUGGGCUCCCCCGCCCUCUCCCCAGGGUGUGAGCCGGCUCCACCUCCUCCCGGGCGAGCUAGCCUGGGGCAAGAUGCACACAACCGCCGGCUUCGCGCGCCGUGCCCGUCCCUCCCAGUGCAGGAAGAGGCGAGAGGGGAGGGCGCAGCCCAAAGCCAAGCCCAGCGAGUCCGUGGAUCCCCAGUGAACAUCCCGAGCGAGACCGCGGGGACCCCGCAACCGCCGCGCCGCCCUAGCACCGCAGGCGACCCGUCUCCCUUGUCCUCCGCCGCAUCUGCACCCACACCCCGACUCCAGGCCUGACCCCUCCGCUCCACGACACCCCCAGCCCCGUGCAUCGCGCAGGUGGCGCAGACGCCCCUGCCCUCCGGCGCCCCCUGCCGGGGAGAGGGAAGGCUGCGGCCGCGGAGGAGCCGAGCACAGGCGGGGAGAGAGCUCCAGCGCCGGGAAGAAGCCGGGAGCUUCCCUGAUGGUGCCGCCGCCUCCGAGUCGGGGAGCAGCGGCGAAGGGGCAGCUGGGCAGGAGCCUGGGUCCGCUGCUGCUGCUCCUGGCGCUGGGACACACGUGGAGCUACCGAGAGGAGCCCGAGGACGGCGACAGAGAGAUCUGCUCAGAAAACAAGAUCGCCACGACGAAAUACCCGUGCCUGAAGCCUUCGGGUGAGCUCACCACGUGUUUCAGGAAAAAAUGCUGCAAAGGGUAUAAAUUUGUUCUUGGACAAUGCAUCCCAGAAGAUUACGACGUGUGCGCCGAGGCGCCGUGCGAGCAGCAGUGCACCGAUAACUUCGGCCGGGUGCUGUGUACCUGCUACCCGGGGUUCCGCUACGACCGGGAGCGACACCGGAAGCGCGAGAAGCCCUACUGCCUGGAUAUCGACGAGUGUGCCACCAGCAACGAGACGCUGUGUGCGCACACGUGCAUCAACACCGUGGGCAGCUACCGCUGUGAAUGCCGGGAGGGUUACAUCCAGGAGGACGACGGGAGGACGUGCACCAGGGGAGACAAAUACCCCAACGACACUGGGCAUGACAAGAAGGCCGAGAACGCGGUGGAGGCGGCGGCCUGCUGCGCCACGUGCAAGGAGUUCCACCAGGUGAAGCAGACCGUGAUGCAGCUGAAGCAGAAGAUUGCCCUGCUCCCCAACAGUGCUGCCGACCUGGGCAAGUACAUCACUGGCAACAAGGUGCUGGCCUCAAACGCCUACCUUCCGGGACCUCCUGGGCUGCCUGGGGGCCAGGGCCCUCCUGGCUCACCAGGACCAAAGGGGAGCCCGGGCUUCCCCGGUAUGCCAGGCCCUCCCGGGCAGCCCGGCCCAAGGGGCUCAAUGGGACCCAUGGGACCAUCUCCUGAUCUGUCCCACAUUAAACAAGGCCGGAGGGGCCCUGUGGGUCCGCCAGGUGCGCCAGGAAGAGACGGCUCUAAGGGAGAGAGAGGAGCCCCUGGACCCAGAGGGUCGCCAGGUCCCCCUGGGUCUUUCGACUUCCUGCUGCUUAUGCUGGCCGACAUCCGCAGUGACAUCGCCGAGCUGCAGGAGAAGGUGUUUGGGCACCGGACACACUCUUCAGCAGAGGAGUUCCCUUCGCCUCAGGAAUUUUCCAGCUAUCCGGAAACCAUGGACUUUGGCUCUGGAGACGAGUACCCAAAAAGAACCGAGAUGAGAGACUUGGGACCCGGCAGAGACUUUUAUCCUUAGCACAUCCCAUCAUCGUCAUGCCAGAGGAGGAGAAAAGAGUGUUUAACCUGCAGUUAAAUCAUAUACAGAAAAAGGAAGAAAUAACAACAACAACCCACUGGAGACCUAGAAAAGAUACAUCUUUAAUUUCUUUAACUCUUUUCCUGCUUUCUUAUUCACUUCCUUCUUCGUCACGAAUUUCUGAGUUAAGUGCUCUCACAGUGUCUUAAAGUUCGGCAGAGUAUCCAAAAGGGAAAAGUGGCAAGGUGAGCUCUGGGAAGAUGUGAGGUUACUUAUUUAAAAAAAAAAAA